CGAUUCCGUUCAUUUUUGUAAUAAUGUGUUGAUUAUAAAUAAUGACAGCGCAAAAAAAUAAUAAUCAGAGACAUAGAACAAAGAAAACUCCUAUUAGUUAUCUUGUUAAAUAGUCAUAACAUAAGUUAUAAUAAAAUAAACAGUCAGUUGACAGAUGUACGUCAGCAGUAUAACAUCACAAAUUUUAUAUAUUUAUACAUACAAUUUUACAUUAUAUUUAUAAACUUUUUAUACUUGGCUGUUGCACCUAAUUACACGUGUAACCUGUACAGUUUAAUACUUUUGUAAGUAAAAUAUUUUUACAAGUAUUUAAAAUGGAUAACGAGUGUGUUCAAUCAGUGAGAAAAGGAUGGAAACGUUUUACGUUGAUGGAACCACCAAUAUUUUUAUUAUUACUCGCCUAUGGAAUGACUGCCACUGUUUUCACUGAUUUGAUUGUCUACCAAACAUGUAGACAAAUGAUGGGGGAAAACAGAAAUAAUUGUGAUAUUUUGCAUACAAAUAGCAGCAGCGAUGAAGCAAAAGAAUUAGAUAAAAUUGUUCAACCCCAUGCAAGUUAUCUAAUUAUGUGUAAAUCUUUAAUUGAAGGUAUUGUACCGGCAUUUUUGGUAUUAUUUUUGGGGCCUUGGAGUGACUCUCACGGCCGAAAGCCGCUUUUAAUUAUGGGAUACUUUGCUCCGGUAUGUAAAUACACAAUAUUAACAAUUAUAAGUCAUCAAGAUUUGAAUCCAUGGAUAUACUUGUUGUCAUCAAUACCGACGUCGUUAAUGGGCGGAAUUUCAGUCCUUUUACUAUCAACAUUUUGCUACGUGUCUGACAUAUCAGAGCCGGAUAAACGUGCCUGGUACUUGGCAUGUUUAGAAUCUUCCCUUACAGCGGGUCUAGUUAUUGGCACACUUACUGGCCCAUUGAUUUUCCAAGCCUCCGGAUACGGUAGUUUAUUCCUCAUCGCUACUUUUCUUUGUAUAAUAUCUUUUUUUUAUAUUUUACUUUUCGUUCCUGAAUCUGUGAGAAAUGAAUCCAAUAAAUGGGGGAAUCCGUUUAAUUUUUCUCUUGUCAAACAAUUGGUAUUAACAUGUACCAAAAAACGACCAGGCUUGAAUCGCGGAUUACUUUGGGGUUGUCUGUUGGUUUUAUCAUUAUUCGUUAUAAUCUUUGAUGGUACAACGAAUAUUGAAUAUUUGUUUGCUAAUGCCAAGCUUGGUUGGAACACCGUUCAGUUUAGCAUGUAUAGCAGUUUAUCAAUGACAUUAGUAAUCUUUGGAACAAUUGUUGGUUUGAGAGUAAUGAAAAAUUUCAUGGGUUUUACGGACACCACUGAAGCGUUAAUCGGAAGUUUAUCUGGCUUCGCUGCAACCAUUACCUACUCUUUGACUUCAAAACCCUGGCACAUGUGGCUUGGAACUAGUUUAGGAAUAUUUACUGGCAUUAUUUCACCCACUACACGAUCUUUAUUGUCUAAAUCUGCUCCUGUUGACGACUUGGGCAAAGUAUUUUCACUUGUUACCUUUAUGGAAGCGUUAUUGCCUUUAGGAGGAGCGUCAUUGUACAGCUUGAUGUAUUCUUUAUACAUGUCAGUAUAUCCAUUACCGGCGUAUCUCUUUUCAGCUGGAAUAUAUUUUUUAAUGAUAAUUAUUAUCAUAAUAAUGGAUCGAAAAAUUGACAUACAUGAAUCACCUUAUCAGACAGCAAUUCAAGAAGACUGAUCUUUGAAAGAAAAAAAAACUCAGCAUAAUAUUACUCAUUUAUUAAUUUUAAUUUUUCAAUUAAGAUAGAUUAUUUUCUAGUUAAUUAAUACAUUAGUUACUUGACAUUUGUUUUUCACACAAAUUAUUUAAUAACAAAUCUGUGAUAUGAUAUCUAUAAAUUUCGAUUGUAUUUUUAUAAUAAAUAACACGAUAAUAUAGAAAAUAA